UGCCGCCGGCCGGACCUCUAAGGACGCUGACUCCGAGUAAGCGUGCCUGGACUGGGGCUGUCACACGCCACGCCCCCUUCCUCACCAGGCCAAUCCGGGGUGACUGAGCUGGCCCCUCACCUCGGGUCAGGAGCCGGGGGUUGGUGGCACUGUUGCCCCGCCGUGACGUGUCUUCUCCGGCCCCUCCCCAGGCGCCCCUCCGGCGCAGAGACGGAGCCUUCCCCCUGCGGAGGCGGAGCGGCCGCCUCGGGACCUCCCUCCGGCCUGCCCCAGCCCGCCUUCCCGCCCAGUCCCGUCCCUCCCCGUGCUGGGGGCGUGGGGAGAAGAGAGGAGCCCAGCCGAGGCGCAGGGAAGGAGCGAAGAGAAUCGCUGCCGGGUCUGCUCGGAGGAGCCACUGGUCGGAGAGAGACCCGCAGAGCCAACCGGGAUGGCGGCGGACGGCGGCCUGGAGCAGCGGGCGCUGCAGUAUGAGCAGACCUUGAUGUAUGGCCGCUACACGCAGGACUUAGGAGCCUACGCCAAGGAUGAAGCAGCCCGCAUCCGCCUGCAGAAGGAGCGCUGGAAAUUGUCUCCGAAGGAGUGCCUCCGCCCCUCUGAGCUGCUGGAGUACGACCAGAGCCGCUGUGCACGUUGCCGUAUUUGUACUGUGCGGUGCCAAAAGUUCCUCAUCUCCAAGGUGGGCGAGGACUGGAUCUUCCUCAUCCUGCUGGGGUUGCUUAUGGCCUUGGUCAGCUGGGCCAUGGAUUUUGCCAUCGCAACCUGCCUGCAAGCCCAGAAGUGGAUGUAUGGGGGGCUGGACGCCAACAUCUUCCUGCAGUACAUGGCCUGGGUCACCUACCCUGUGGUGCUCAUCACCUUUUCAGCUGGCUUCACCCAGAUCUUGGCUCCGCAGGCUGUUGGCUCUGGAAUCCCUGAAAUGAAGACCAUUCUCCGGGGUGUGGUGCUGAAAGAGUAUCUUACCCUCAAGACCUUUGUGGCCAAGGUGAUCGGCCUGACAUGCGCGCUGGGCAGUGGGAUGCCUUUAGGCAAAGAGGGACCAUUUGUCCACAUAGCCAGCAUGUGUGCUUCCCUCCUCAGCAAGUUCCUCUCACUCUUCGGCGGCAUCUAUGAGAAUGAAUCCCGCAAUAUUGAGAUGCUGGCGGCUGCGUGUGCUGUGGGCGUCGGCUGCUGCUUCGCUGCUCCCAUUGGAGGUGUCCUCUUCAGCAUUGAAGUCACUUCAACCUUCUUUGCUGUCCGCAACUACUGGCGCGGCUUCUUCGCGGCCACCUUCAGCGCGUUCAUCUUCCGGGUCCUCGCUGUGUGGAACAAGGACGAAGAAACCAUCACGGCGCUUUUCAAAACCCGAUUCCGGCUGGACUUCCCCUUUGACCUGCAGGAGCUGCCGGCCUUUGCUGUCAUUGGGAUUGCCAGCGGCUUUGGAGGGGCGCUGUUUGUGUACUUCAACCGCAAGAUCGUCCAGUUCAUGCGUAACCAAAAGGCCAUAAACCGCUUCCUAAUGAAAAAGCGCCUGCUCUUCCCCGCACUCGUCACGCUCUUCAUUGCAACGCUGACCUUUCCACCUGGCUUUGGACAGUUCAUGGCUGGCCAGCUCACACAGAAGGAGACGUUGGUGACUCUCUUUGACAACCGCACGUGGGCCAAGCAAGGCCUAGCUGAAGAGUUUGAAUACAUCGGCGUCUCCGAGGCUUGGAAGCACCCACGCUCCAAUGUCUUUGUCACACUGGUGGUUUUCAUCCUCAUGAAGUUUUGGAUGUCCGCCUUGGCCACCACCAUCCCGGUGCCCUGUGGAGCCUUCAUGCCCGUCUUUGUCAUUGGGGCUGCGUUCGGCCGCUUGGUGGGCGAGAGCAUGGCGGCUUGGUUCCCCGAUGGCAUCCACACCGACAGCAACAUCUACCGCAUUGUGCCAGGGGGCUACGCAGUGGUGGGUGCGGCUGCGUUGUCUGGUGCUGUCACCCACACCGUGUCCACGGCGGUCAUCGUCUUUGAGCUGACGGGCCAGAUCUCCCACAUCCUGCCGGUCAUGAUUGCGGUGAUUCUGGCCAACGCCGUGGCCCAGAGCUUGCAGCCCUCGCUCUACGACAGCAUCAUCCGGAUCAAGAAGUUGCCCUACUUGCCGGAGUUGGGCUGGGGGCAUCAGGAGAAAUACAAUGUGCGGGUGGAGGACAUUAUGGUGCGCGAUGUGCGCUACAUAACCCUGAGCUGCCGCUACCGUGACCUUCAAGAUGUGCUGCACAGUACCAAGAUGAAGAGUUUGGCUCUGGUGGAAUCGGCUGAGUCCAUGAUCCUACUGGGUUCCAUCGAGCGGACACAGAUAGUGACCCUUCUGAAUGAGCAGCUGGGCUAUGUGCGGCGGCUCCAGCACAUGUGGGAGAAGGCCCAGGCCGAACGCCGAGCCACCGAGAAGAUCCCGGAAGGCGAGGAGCAGCACCAGACGCCUGAGACAGGCGUGCGCUUUCAGAUCAUCACCGAGGAAUCCUCAUUCGUCCCCCCUCGGAGUGAGUCACGCAAGCCACUGAAGCCGGCUCUAAAGCGAGCGGCCAGCACUUUAUCCGAGAGCCCUUCAACUGGGACUGUGGACCACCCAGGCAUCGCCUUGAGGAGCCUUUUUUGUGCUAACACCACAACGGCAGAGCCUGCUGAGGAUGAGAAUUUGGGCCUGCCUGAAAAGCGCAAGUCGAAGCGCGUCCGUGUUUCCAUGGCGGAUGAAUGUGAAUUAGUUGGUGAAAUGACCCCUGCCGAGAUCCUGGAAUGGGAGGAGCAGCAGCUGGAGCAGUUUGUCAACUUCAACAACAGCAAGAUUGACCCAGCACCCUUCCAGCUGGUGGAACGCACUUCUUUGCACAAGACACACACCAUCUUCUCUCUCUUGGGGGUGGACCACGCCUAUGUCACCAGCAUCGGGCGCCUAAUUGGCAUGGUGUCCCUCAAGGAGUUGCGGAAAGCCAUUGAGGGCUCUGUAACAGCCAAGGGUGUGAAGGUGCGUCCCCCGUUGGCCAGCUUCCGGGAUAGCACAACCAGCAGUAGUGAGACAGAAACCACAGAGAUCCACCAGCUGUGGGACCGGCGGCAUAGGCACUCCAUCCCCCGCGAGUCCAGCCCUUCUGAGAGUGACGACAAAUGCCAGUGAUGGCAGAAGGAGCCUUGCUAAUGGCCGGCGGGGAGUUCAGCGUCGCUGGGACGUGGCUGUAUUUCUUCCAGCCAAAUCCUCCCAGGGUCCCUCAUUCAGCAUUCCAGCCCAGGGACCCACAACUGCGCCGAGAGGCUUGCAAAAGGCCACAAGCCUGUUCCUUCCUCCUGCUCUUGCGCUGAAGGAGAGAUGAUUACAGAACAACUUCCCAUCCAGGAUCAGAGGGAGGAGCUUGCUCUUCUCACCAGCCCACACCUCAGCAGGGCCUUGACUUCCUAGAACCGCAGAAGUCCUUUAUCCCUCACCUUGAUGCUGAAGUCACACCCGCCUUCGGUCCCACACCUCUGCAGCCCCUCUCAUCCUGCCCUUAGUCUCGGGGCUUGCUCAAGAUGUUCGUGGGCAGGAGGCCAACCGUUUUACUUACUUGCAGCACACAAUUCCCUGCUUUUCCGUUACCUUGUAAUGGGAUUGCGUCAGAUGAGGCGAGGGCCUCAGAAAGGAGGAGAGGUCAGGAGGCGGAAACUGCGAGCCAAGGUGUUAAAAUCCCAACCUGUCACCUUUGCUCCUCUGCGCAGGUCGCUCUUAGCUGAGGGAGAGAGGUGUGUGGCACCUGUCAUGCGGAGUGAACCACUCCCACCUCCAGGCUUAGGCCCAAGGCCCAGUCGGCCUGCCCCGCUCUCUCACUGCCACGCCACAUCCGUUUGCGUUCAGUCAGCGAGUCUUGGAUCGCCAGUUUAGGAAGGCCCCGCUAUACAACGCAGGAGUGGGGCACCCACAGACCUCCAAAUGUUACCCACCGUCAUCCCCGACCAUUGGCUGUGCUGGGGCUUCUGGGAGUUGGUUCUCCAUCUCUGGUAUAAUGAAUAGCUUUUUUUUUUUCCUUUUAUUGAUUAAUUAUAUUCGGGAACAGACUAUGGUGAACACUGGAUCUCUUGAGCAACUGAGCCUUCGGAAGCCGCCUCUUCCUCCCUCUCCCAACACCUCCAGGAAGGACUCUGAACUGCUGCCCUUCCCCCACCCCUCUCUGUGGAGCCCACCCUACUUUUGAAUCCGGGGGUAAGGAGAGGAAAGUGGGGAGAUGGCAUUGGAGAUGUAAAUACAGAGGGGUUUUUUUAUAUUAAUUUAAUAAAAAAAAGAGAGAUUACAAAUAGAGUUCUAAAAUAAACAAACUAA